UUUCACCAAGCAAACCAAAGCACUUUCUCUUCCGUCUGAAAAAUUCGGAAGUUUCUGGGUUUUGAAGGGGUUUAGCUUUACAGUUUAAGCAGCUGAGAGAAUUUCCAACCAAGUGAAGGAAUUUGUUAGAUUCAAGCUUACAAGCUGGUGAAAAUGAGGAAUUUGCUGAGGAAAUUGCCAAUCCUUGGUAAGAAUUCAUUGCUGUUACAUGCCGCGGCGACUGCUGCUUUGGGUUCUGGGGUUUUAUAUGCAAAUGCUGCUCCUGAUUCUAACUCCAGAUUUCAAGUUUCUUUAUCUCUUCCAACAAGAGGUGACUUAUUAUCAGUGCCAUGGCGAGUUCCAUUGUUUACUCUUGGCCCCUCGAUGCCUGAUAAACCUACAGCUGUGGGAAAUGAUCCCUAUCCGCUGCAUUUUUCUAGAGUUUCACCUGAUCCUCCAGCAGAUACAAAAAACCAACCCUCUACUGAUGGUUCUUCUCAUUGUUCAAACUGUUUCACUAGAGACACCAUUGCCAAUGCAGCUGCCAAGGUUAGCCCAGCUGUUGUCAAUCUGUCUGUACCAAAGGGAAUCUAUGGAUUGACUAUGGGAAGGAGCAUCGGCUCAGGAACCAUUAUUGAUUCUGAUGGUACUAUUUUAACUUGUGCCCAUGUGGUCGUGGACUUUCAGGGGGUGAAAGCAUCUUCAAAAGGGAAUAUUGAGGUGACCAUGCAAGAUGGUAGAACAUUUGAGGGCACAGUAUUGAAUGCUGAUUUACAUUCUGAUAUUGCAAUUGUAAAGGUCAAAACAAAGUCACCACUACCAGCUGCAAAACUUGGCUUGUCAAAUAAACUUCGUCCUGGAGACUGGGUGAUAGCAAUGGGCUGUCCUCUUUCCCUCCAAAAUACCGUGACAGCUGGUAUUGUAAGCUGUAUUGACAGAAAAAGCAGUGAUCUGGGUCUUGGUGGAAUGAGAAGAGAAUACUUGCAGACGGAUUGUCCCAUUAAUGUGGGAAAUUCAGGAGGCCCUCUUGUUAAUAUGGAUGGUGAGGUGGUUGGGGUUAAUAACAUGAAAGUGCUAGUAGCUGAUGGAUUGAGCUUUGCUGUGCCAAUCGACUCUGUCUCUAAAAUCAUUGACCAAUUCAAGAAAAGAGGGAGAGUUGUUCGACCUUGGCUUGGACUCAAAAUGAUUGAUCUCAAUGACAUGAUCAUAUCUCAGCUUAAAGAGAGAGAUCCAGUUUUUCCUAAUGUUAACAGAGGCGUACUUGUCCCAAUGGUUACUCCAGGCUCUCCUGGAGAUCAUGCUGGAUUCCGGCCAGGAGAUGUUGUCACUGAAUUUGAUGGAAAACCUGUUGGAAGCAUUAAAGAGAUUAUUGACUUAAUGGACGAUAAAGUGGGAAAGCCAGUAAAGGUGGUUGUGAAGAGGGCAAACAAUGCUGAGGCAACCUUAACCGUGACCCCUGAGGAAGCGAAUCCAGAUAUGUAACUCUGACAGAGCACAAUCACCAGCUUCUUCCAGGAAAAAGUAAAGAUUCAAAAGAAAGAAGUAACUGUUGAAAAUGGUGCAUGUUCUACAGCGUUUUUGUUCUAGAGUGAGUGUAAUUCCUGAGGUAGUUGGAUUUAUUUCCAACAUCCAAGUGCAAAAUUAAAAAUCGUCUAUCCCAGCCUUUUUCACUGCAGUAUCAAUUAAAUCACUAAGGAAGGAGAGCAUAUAUAUUUCUGUAAAGAUUUUCUAGAAAAAUUUCAAUCAACUGUAUCAUACUACCAUAGUACCAUGUACGAAGUAAUUCAUAUUACAAUGAUUCAAAAAACCUUUUGUUUUUCAGUA